GGUCCGAGGCUGCCAGCCAUUCCACUGCUCUCAGCGCCAAGAUGAUCGCGGCGAGCUGCUCUGUAGUACUCCUGGUUCUGCUCGCCACUUGUGAGGCAAGAUUAUGCGCAAAAGGCAUUUACGGUGACAACACUGCGGCCCCUGUGCAUGGUGAAACUCGAUACUUUGCAGGCAACUCUAUUGUAUACGAAAUAACGCAAUCCUAUCCGUGUCAUCAUGUGGGCACGGAGGUGGUGGUGUGUGUUGACGACUCCAAGUAUCCUUCAGUACAUAUAAAGGACUUAAACAUUGCAAGUAUCGUUCGUCAUGGAAAUAUAUGGGGGUAUGCGGAAGUGAAACCAAUAACGUACUGCAGAAAGUAUAAAGGCGCUGACCAAGCCGGAAAAGCUCUACCUGCUCCGCGAGUCACCGUAGUCAAGUCAGGCAACUAAAGAGUGAAA